UGCUGUCUCAGGUCAGCUGAGUGCUGUGAGAGCUGUGAACAUUUACUAGCACAGUAAAAUAAUAUCAGAAAUAAACAGUUGGCUACUCUAAACUUUAGUUAUAUGACUUACAUAUUUAUUGUUUUUAUAAACGGCUAACUACAUGGCGGCGACAGGACACCAGGGCUCCUCAGAACGAGAGGACCGGUCCUGCUCAGUGACUCACUACGGCUCCACAGACAGCAGCGGGGAUCAUGACCAACAGAGAAACAAUCAUGGUAAUUACCACAGCAACCAUCGGUUUCCCACAGCGACGGCAGGUCAUUGGAUCGGGGCUAAUCAGGAAGAGGAGGCCAUUCGCAGGAAGUUGAAAUACUUCUUCAUGAGCCCUUGUGAUAAAUAUCACGCAAAGGGCCGCAAGCCUUAUAAGCUGAUCCUACAGCUGCUCAAGAUCAUUAUUGUCACAGCUCAGUUAGUGCUAUUUGGCCUCAGUAACCAGGUGGUGGUGACCUUCAAGGAGGAGAAUACUAUGACCUUCAAGCACCUCUUCCUCAAAGACUAUGACGAGUCUUCAGAUGACUCCUUUGCCGUUUAUACUCAGAGCGACGUCUACGACCACAUUUUCUACGCUGUGGAGCAGUAUCUGGCCUUACCAGAGACCACAGUGGGACGCUACGCAUAUGUCUAUGGUGUUGGUGUGAAUGGCAGUGCGCUGUCCCUCUGCCAACAGUACUACAAGAAGGGGAGCAUUGACCCAGCCAAUGACACCUUCAGUAUAGACCCUCACGUCAUCACAGACUGUGUAGGUGUGAACCCGCUGUCUGUCCCUCCAGCUCCACUCACCAGCAGCUACAAGAACUUUACUCUCAAGUUCCACAAGUUCAUUAAUGUCACCAUAGAGUUCCAGCUGAAGGCGAUCAAUAUACAGACCAUCAUCAACAAUGAGAUCCCAGACUGUUACACUUUUUAUAUAACGAUAGUCCUGGACAACAAGGCCCACAGCGGCAAGGUGAAGAUCCGGUUAGAAAACCAGGCAACCAUAAAGGAGUGUAAAGACCCGAGUGUCUCUGGACACGCUGAGAACUACACACGUGUCGCGUUUGAUGUGGCUGUGGCUCUUGUGUGCAUGCUGUCACUGAUGCUGUGUGGACGCUCCAUACUGCGAGGCAUCAUCCUGCAACAGGAGUUUGUGCAGUUCUUUAGGGAGACCCUGGACCGUAAAGUGUGUUGGGCUGACCGGCUGGAGUUUAUUAACGGCUGGUAUAUCCUCCUUAUUGUCAGCGAUAUCCUCACCAUCACUGGCACCAUCAUCAAAAUCGGCAUCGAGUCGAAGAAUAUGUCCUCGUAUGACUUGUGUGGCAUCCUGUUGGGAACUUCCACACUCUUGGUGUGGGUUGGAGUAAUUCGCUACCUCACAUUCUUCCAAAAGUACAAUAUCCUGAUUGUGACACUUCGAGCAGCAUUCCCUAAUGUGAUUCGCUUCUGCUGCUGCGUGGCCGUCAUCUAUCUGGGCUACUGCUUCUGCGGCUGGAUCGUCCUCGGACCAUACCACGUCAAGUUCCGCUCUCUGUCCAUGGUGUCAGAGUGCCUCUUCUCCCUCAUUAAUGGAGACGACAUGUUCGUGACGUUCUCGGAGAUGCAGGAGAGCAGCACUCUGGUGUGGCUGUUCAGCCAAGUUUACUUGUACACCUUCAUCUCCCUUUUCAUCUACAUGGUGCUUUCACUGUUCAUCGCCCUCAUCACCGGAGCCUACGAGACCAUCAAGCACCAAACCCAAGAACCCAUCCACAUCACAGACCUGCAUGCCUUCAUAGCAGAAUGUACAGACGCACCAAGCUCUGGGAAGUUCAGGGGUCUGGAGACCUCGCCGUGCUCCUUCUUCUGCUGCUGUGACAGAACGACAACAUAUGAGGACGUCCUGCUAGUGAACUGAAGUUGACCUUAGGUGACCUCGAUCCUCCCCUGAUGACAACAGGGAUACGCUGCACACUCCUGAAGGGCCCCUGUCUCUGUAGCAACAUACUGAGUCUGGGUCAAGCCUCAGCACUCGUGUGAAGGAGGAGUCACCAUUAGCUGGACAGGCACUCUGUAGAAGGAAUGUGUAACAACACUUUUCCUUCUGACCUUUUAUUUUCCCUGUCCUCAACUCCAUGAACUAGAAACUCUGCCUUAUACAAGACUGGACCAUCAUGGAUGACUAAUGCAGAGACAUUUCUCUUUUCCUUGUUGGUUUUUAAAACAAAAACAGUAUUUUUUCUUAUGAAUUUAAUGAUGCACAAUGAACCAGCGACAGUACAUAUUGUCAAAAUACUAAGUGGGAACAGGUGCCAUGAUGAGUACUGGAGUAGUCCAUACAUGAUGCUGACUGUUUUUUAUUUUUGUGUUUUUCCUUUUAUAGUAUUUCAACAUAGGUUGCCCCUUGAAGACGGGGCUCUUAAAUUGAGGCAUUCAUUCAUCUCACAAAACAUU